CGCGGAGUCACUUCCUGCUGGGUGGAUGAGGAGGAGCUCGAGCUGCCGCGGAGGAGCCCUAGUAGAGACGGACGGCGCCGGAGAGCAGGAGGGCGAAAAUGAAAGCAGGCUGUAGCAUCGUGGAAAAGCCAGAAGGAGGUGGAGGGUAUCAAUUUCCAGAUUGGGCCUACAAAACAGAGUCGUCGCCAGGCUCCCGGCAGAUCCAGCUGUGGCACUUCAUCCUAGAACUGCUGCAGAAGGAAGAGUUCCGCCAUGUCAUCGCCUGGCAGCAGGGGGAGUAUGGGGAGUUUGUCAUCAAGGAUCCAGACGAAGUGGCUCGCCUCUGGGGCCGCAGGAAGUGCAAGCCACAGAUGAACUAUGACAAGCUGAGCCGGGCCCUCAGAUACUAUUACAACAAGAGGAUCCUUCAUAAAACAAAAGGGAAAAGGUUUACUUACAAGUUUAACUUCAGCAAGCUGGCGAUGCCCAACUACCCUUUCAUCAACAUCCGCUCAAGUGGUGUGGUUCCUCAGAGUGCACCACCAGUGCCAACAGCCUCUUCCCGCUUCCAUUUCCCACCCCUAGACACACAUUCUCCUAGUGAUGUGCAGCCAGGGCGGUUCUCUGCUAGCUCCUUGAGUGCUUCUGGGCCUGAGUCAGGUGGUACCACUGAUAGAAAGGUGGAGCCUUUGGACCUAGAAGAUGGCUCAGCCUCUGACUGGCACCGGGCCAUGGAUUUUAUUCCCUCUCGAAAUGCUCUUAGUGGAGGAGGGAUUGGCCACCAGAAACGUAAGCCUGACAUAGUGCUUCCUCUCUUCUCUCGGCCAGCAGUGUACCCUGACCCCCACAGUCCCUUCGCUCUCUCUCCUGUUCCUGGCCGUGGAGGUGUCCUAAAUGUCCCCAUUUCACCAGCCCUGUCCCUGACGCCCACCAUGUUCUCCUAUAGUCCCUCACCAGGCCUGAGCCCCUUCACCAGCACCAGUUGCUUCUCUUUCAACCCAGAGGAAAUGAAACACUACCUUCAUUCUCAAGCCUGUUCUGUGUUCAACUACCAUCUGAGUCCUCGGACUUUUCCCCGGUACCCAGGGCUCAUGGUCCCACCACUGCAGUGCCAAAUACAUCCUGAGGAGUCAUCCCAGUUCUCUAUCAAGCUGCAGCCCCCCCCAGCUGGACGGAAGAACCGAGAGAGGGUAGAAAACAAUGAGGAGUCCACACACGGCUCUGCCCCAACCAGUACGCCUAGUCCCUCUCGAAUCAAAGUAGAGCCCACCUCUGAGAAGGAUCCUGAGAGCCUCAGGCAGUCGACCCAAGGAAAGAAAGAACACUCCCAAGAAGUGGGUACUGUGCGGACCAUUGAAGAGGGGAAAGGCACAGCGUUCGCCCACCCCUCACCCACCUGGCCCUCUGUACCCGUUGGCAUCCCCAGUGAUGAAACCCUACAGGGGACUGAAGACAACGAGGACAGGUCUGGCAAGGAGCCCAGUGCUCCUGAGAAGAAGGAAGAUGCACUCAUGCCCCCCAAGCUCCGGCUGAAGAGGCGGUGGAAUGACGACCCUGAAGCCCGGGAGCUCAGUAAGACGGGCAAGUUCCUCUGGAAUGGGGCAGGACCCCAGGGCCUGGCUGCAGCAGCCACUGCUGCUGCUGAUGCUUAAAACCACAGUGGAAGGGAAGCUGUUCAUAUUACAAUCAGAUACACGUAUUUAUGUAGCAAGAUUCUGGGGUGGGAGGCGGGGUUAAGCUGGUUUGAUAAUUCUGGGGCAUGGACUUGUACUUUUCUGUUGGGGAUGACUGUCUUGUGUUGUACAUUAAGUGGGGUAUAAACACACUCUUUUUUUCUUGGUGAGUAGGGCGUAGGGAGGAUAUUGAACUGUGGGGGAAGGAGCUUGUUUCCUGUUUAAGACUCAUUUUCUGCCUGGCAAGCUCCAUAAGAGCCCACUUUGUAGUCCCAUUACAGUUCAGGACCCAGAGUUUUUUCUGUUGUAUUUAUACAUAGAGAAAGCCAAUAAUGGUAUAUUUUGCUUUGAGAGAGAGAAAUAAAGGAAAAGGCUGGGAUGCUGGGUCGUAAGGAACAGUUAACAGCAUGUUAACUAAAAUAUUUAUUUCAGGAGAGAGAAAAUGUAAUUUCGGUCUUCCAGAAGUGGGGACAUUUAGGUGUCCGUCCAUCCUUUCUCCUCUCCCCGUUUCCCUCACUGGAGCACGUGUACAUGUGCUCUCUCUCGCUCUCUCUCUCUCUCUCUCUC